UACAUGUAUUUCUGGACAGUAAAUAUGUAGUAUUAGAUCCAUAAGAGCUUACUUCAAGUUGUUAAAAUACGCAAAGAUGGCUGAAGAAAGUGACAGGAGUCAAUUGCCACCCGGCUGGGAAUGCCGAUAUGAUAUACGAAGUGGUCGUCCAUAUUUUAUAAAUCAUUUUAAUCGUACAACAACAUGGGAAGAUCCGAGAGUAAGAUAUUGGCAGUAUUCUCAGUAUAUACAGUCACAAAAUUCAAUGGCACUGAGUUCUGCUACAACUAUAACUUCCCAAGAUAUACCCAUGCAGACUGGUGGAAAUGGAAGUGGUGGACAUUUAGGUUAUACAGGAGCUCACAGAGCUCCACAAAUCUAUCCAACACCGUCUCCCUAUCAUAAUCCGCAACUUGCAUUUUUACCUCCUAGUUUACAGGAACUGAAAACUCCAUUAUCUUUGAAAUCAGUUAGUGUCAUGACAAAUAGAUUUGGGGACAUGACAAUUGGAUCACCUACUCCAAUAAGGAAUAUGGAAACAAGUUUAACUCAGAACUCUGAUACUGAACUACAAGUUGCUAAAAUCAAUGCUAUGUUUCCAACUGUUUCUGACACUCAUAUUCGACUUCUUUUAAAAAAAUACCAUAACAGAGCAGCUUUGGUUGUCAGCGCUCUCCAAGUGGAAAAGAAUCCCCUUUGUGCUCCAGGACCAUGCACACCUGUGGGAGUUCAUUCAAACUACACUAUACCAAGAUGGCGAUUACCACCGCAUGCUAUACAUGCAGCUCUAACAUUGAGUCCGCCUCGUGGGGUUCGGCCAACCCCACACUCCCCAAAAAUGAAACUUAGGUACCUGAAGAAUGUAUUUCCGAAAGUGGAAGAAACUAUGUUGCUUGAUAUUUUGGAGCAAAGUGAUAACAAUGUUCAAAAAGCUUCUGAAAAACUGAUUGAUCUGGGCUAUGAAAAACGAAAUCCUACAGCUCCUAGAUCACAAGCAAAAAGAAAAGAGGAAGAACAAAUGAGAAAUGUACAACAUGCCCCUACUCCUCCGCCGCGAAUGAAAAGUUUAGAAGACAAAAAUAAAAUAAAAACACGUUUAAUGGAGAAGUAUAAAUCAGUGCCGGAAAGAGUUAUAAUGCUUGCUAUGGAUAGUGUUGAUUACGAUGAGGAAAAAGCAAUACACAUACUAGACAUUAUGGUUAUGGAAGAAGCAACAAGACCUGUAUGUACAAGUAGUCAAAGCAGUAGAAGCGACGAAAGGAAAGAUAGUCCACCGGUAAUCGAAGCUGUAAAGUUAACUGCAUCGCCAAUUAAAAAAAUAGUUAAGGAUGCAGACUCUGAAAAAUCUAAGCGAUCUAAAAAUAAAAUAGAAAUUCCAAAAGUUUCCCGAGGAACAAGUACUACAGAAGAUAAUGAAUAUAAAUCUCCAUACUUGACAAAACCUAUAGGACCAAACCCUGAUUUACCAAAAGGAGCCGAUAAUGAUUUACUUCUACCUGAUUAUGCACCAUGGUCAGGACCAGAUCCAAAUCUAUUGACGAACGAGAUAUUCAGUAAAACACUAGCAAACGGGCACGAUGCAAGUUUAGUUUCUGGGAGUCGUUGCAUUGCUAAAGGCCCUAAUUCAGAAUUAAGGAAAGGUUCACUGAGGGGAUUAACUCAAGGUUCUAUCUAUUCUCAACGAAACGUAUCUAACACUGAGAGUCGUGGUAAAUGAAAUAUAUUUAAUUGUUUCUUUGUUAAUUUUUAUUUUUGUUAAGUAGAAAAAUAAAUUUUGUUUCGUGCAAA